UUGAAUUUGUCUCAUGCAUUGUGUAUACAAGGAGAGAAAAGAGGGGGAGAGUGUGUGUGCAGAAAUGAGAAGCAAUCAAGUGAGACUGAACAAUGGCAUAACCAUUCCUGUAAUUGGUAUGGGAACUUUUUCUAUGGAAAAUGAUAGAAAAACUACUGAGAAUGGAGUACAUAUGGCUCUCAAGAUAGGGUAUAGGCAUUUCGACACCGCGAAAAUAUAUGGCUCCGAGCCAGCCUUAGGGAAUGCAUUAAGGGAAGCAAUUAUUGAUGGAGUGGUUGAAAGAGAAGACAUUUUUGUUACGUCUAAACUGUGGGGAAGUGAUCACAAUGAUCCUGUUUCUGCACUCAAGCAAUCUCUGCAGAAACUUGGGAUGGAAUAUGUGGAUAUGUAUUUGGUGCACUGGCCAGUAAAAUUGAAGCCAUGGGUAUGCUAUCCAGUGCCUAAAGAAGAAGAUUUUGAGAAAGUACUGGACAUGGAAAAGACAUGGUCUGGGAUGGAGAAAUGCCUGGAAAUGGGCUUGUGCAGGUCUAUUGGUGUCAGCAAUUUCUCUUCCACAAAGAUUGAAGCCCUCUUGGACUUCGCCUCCGUUCCACCUGCUGUCAAUCAGGUGGAAAUGCAUCCAAUGUGGAGGCAAAAAAAGCUAAGGGAUUUUUGUGGGGAUUACAGAAUUCAUGUUAGUGCAUAUUCACCACUUGGGGGACCUGGAAAUGUAUGGGGCUCAACUGCUGUUGUGAAUAACCCAAUUAUGCAAUCCAUUGCUCUUAAACAUAGAUCCACUCCGGCACAGGUUGCUCUAAGUUGGGGAUUGUCCAAAGGAGCUAGUGUGAUAGUGAAGAGCUUCAAUGAAGAUAGGUUGAAGGAGAACAUGGGAGCCCUUGAUCUCAAAUUGGACGACUACGAUUUACUUGAAAUUGAGAAGAUGGAGGAAGAGAAGAUAAUGAAGGGAGAAUUUCUUGUUAAUUCAACAACAAGCCCAUACAAGACCAUCCAACAUCUAUGGGAUGAUGAGAUUUGAUUAUUACAACUUGCAAUCAAGUGUGGAUUCAACUUAAACUAUUCCAAAAUUAAUAUGAUUUUAUCGCAAAGUAGAGUAGAAAUCAAGAACCAAAGAGAUCACAAACUACUUCUAAGAGAUCAAGUAUCAUGGAUGACUCGUGUAUUUAUUAUGUGUUUGGUAAAAUAGAUUGUAUGACACUCAAGUAUUAAGGAAGAAAAUGAAGAUAAAAUCUUGUUCAUUAUA